GAGUAAACAACGCGGCGAGGAGGAAGAAGGAGGAAGAGACCUUUCCACAUCUCAGGCAGUCCUGCUUGACGCGCCGAGUCUGAUUUUACGCACAGGGGAGCGCGCAGGUUUUGUCGUAAAGCCUUAAAGUUAUUUAUAAUAACUUUAUUAGUCACACAUUAGGAGCCGACACAAGUAAACUUAUUUCGUAUUUUAAUCUACGUUUUCAGUGCCUGAGUGACACAUUUCCUUUGCUUAGUGCGUAAUUGUGACUCCGUAUUUUUAUUUUAUUUUUUUGUAACAAAAUGACAUUGUGACAUUUACAAUUGCGGUCCAUUUGCCAAUGACGACAGUCAACAUUAAAGCGCGCCCGGCCCGAGAUAUACAGGGGAAGAACGUCAGACAUAGAUCGAGAGAGACGCGGGCCACUUUUGACUAAAAAGUGCGCCCAAGUGUCUCGCAUCAAGAGUGUCCCUCUCGUCCGAGUUUCCGCUGAGCUGAGGCCGGCGGCGCUGACAUGCUGCCCAAAGUCGAGACUGACUCGCUGGGACUCUCUCGAUCGUAUGGGGAACAGGGACACAUGCCAAGAAACGUGCAAGUUCCACAAUUAAAAAUGAUGGACUACUCAUAUGACGAAGACCUGGACGAGAUGUGUCCCGUGUGUGGAGACAAGGUUUCAGGAUACCACUACGGACUCCUCACCUGUGAGAGCUGCAAGGGCUUCUUCAAGCGCACGGUCCAGAACAACAAGCGCUACACAUGUAUUGAGAACCAGAGUUGCCAGAUUGACAAGACCCAGAGGAAGCGCUGCCCAUACUGCCGCUUCCAAAAGUGCCUCACUGUCGGCAUGAAGCUGGAAGCUGUGCGAGCAGAUCGCAUGCGAGGAGGACGCAACAAGUUUGGCCCCAUGUACAAACGUGACCGGGCCCUCAAGCAACAGAAGAAGGCGCUGAUCCGAGCUAACGGCCUGAAAAUCGAGGCCAUGAGCCAGGUGAUGCAGGCUGUCCCCACCGACCUCACCAUCUCAUCGGCCAUUCAGAACAUUCACUCAGCUGCCUCCAAGGGCCUGCCACUGAGCCAUCACGCUGGCCACCACACCAGUCACCACCAUCACCAUCACCAUCACCAUCAUGCCACCGCCUUACCCCCAACAGACUAUGACCGCAGUCCUUUCGUCACCUCACCCGUCAGCAUGGCAAUGCCACCGCACGCCGGCAGCUUGCAGGGCUACCAAACAGCCUACGGACACUUCCAAGGCACACGCACCAUUAAGUCUGAGUACCCAGAUCCAUACACCAGCUCCCCCGAAUCCAUCAUGGGCUACGCCUACGUUGAUGCCUACCAGUCGGGCUCGCCGCCCAGUUUCCCCCACUUGAUCGUAGAGCUGCUCAAGUGUGAACCGGAUGAGCCUCAGAUUCAAGCAAAGAUCCUGGCCUACCUGCAGCAGGAGCAGGCCAGCCGGGGCAAGCACGAAAAGCUCAACACCUUCGGUCUCAUGUGCAAGAUGGCCGACCAAACGCUCUUCUCCAUCGUGGAGUGGGCUCGCAGCAGCAUCUUCUUCCGUGAACUCAAGGUUGACGAUCAGAUGAAGCUUCUGCAGAACUGUUGGAGUGAACUCCUCAUCCUCGACCAUGUCUUUAGGCAAGUGGUGCACGCCAAGGAGGGCUCCAUUUUAUUGGUCACUGGCCAGCAGGUAGACUAUGCAGUGAUCGCAUCGCAAGCCGGGGCCACCCUCAAUAAUCUCUUGAGCCACGCCCAGGACCUGGUGGCGAAAUUGCGUUCUUUGCAAAUGGACCAACGGGAGUUUGUCUGUCUGAAAUUCUUGGUCCUCUUCAGUCUUGAUGUGAAGAACCUGGAGAACUUCCACCUUGUAGAGAGCGUCCAGGAGCAGGUGAAUGCGGCGCUGUUGGACUACGUCAUGUGUAACUACCCGCAGCAAACGGACAAGUUUGGUCAGCUGCUUCUGCGGCUGCCAGAGAUUCGAGCCAUCAGCCUGCAAGCCGAAGAAUAUCUUUACUACAAGCACCUGAAUGGCGACGUGCCCUGCAACAAUCUGCUCAUUGAAAUGCUCCACGCCAAGAGAGCUUAGGAGGGGAACUGCACUACCGGCAACGCAGCUGCUGCAUGGACACGAGGAGUCAGGCCGCAGCCCCAAAUCUUCUACUUUUAUUUAAAUCCACCUAGCCCUGAGUCAAUUGCGUGAAGAAUGGCAGAGUAAAACCUCGAGAACUUUGAACAAAAAAAAAAAAAGAAAAAUACACAAACUGAGCGUGCGCGCAUAUGAACGAGGGGAAAGAAAUGCAGACACAUGACACAAAGAGGAACACUUGAACUAAAUAAGGACUCACUGUUUAUUACCACAGUGACUCUAACAAAGGACGAUUGCUUUUGGGAACGUGGAGUUGUGUUUAAACUUUUCUUUUAGCUCUGGUUGGUACUGUACAGACGGCAUUCAUGUGGUCAACCAAAGCGGACUCUUACCUGCGAUCACUGAACUCAUCGAUACGGCAGUGGCAGCUUGACCUGACCAAAAAUGUGAGAAAUGACUGUUGAAAAAGAAAAGACCCGCAAUGGAAUGCCCCUCAGUGAUCAAAACAGUCCUAGUUCAGUAACAGAAAUAAUUUGGAGGGUCACCUUAUGUGACCCCCCCCCCCCCCCACCCCCGAGUCCUUUUAUUAAACCAUGUACUUCAUUCAGAAGAUCGAAUGUUAAAAACAUAUAGUUAAUAAUAUCAGCUAAAACGAUUGUGUAUUUCCAUUUUUCUUGCAAAAAAAAAACACCCUUAAUUUUACAAUUUUACUACAAAAAAAAAUGGAACGAGACAACCUGUGGUUUUGGAUGUGGUUCUAGCCAGCCUUUGCCCAGGAAGACCAAAGCUUGCUGCAGAAGAAGGAAAUGACACGAAACCUUUAUAAUCAGUAUUAUUUCAUAAAAGAAAAUUCCAAAAAAAAAAAGAAAAAAAAGAAAAAAAGGAAAACAUAUAUUGUGAUGUCACAGUUAUGUGAGUCUUGCCUUAUUUCAUUACCAUGCUAGCUAACUGCAGAUGUGAAUGAAAAUAUGUACAAAUAUAUAUAUAUAUAUAUAUAAAGUAUUAAUGUUGGAAAAUAAAAAAAAAAACAAGAAUUGCGGGUGUUUACAUUCAUGUGGUAAUAUGGGAGACAACUGUGAUGACGCAUUAAUUGCAAAGCAAUGAUUUCCUAAAAAAAAAAAAUGACAUAAUCGACAUGGGGAAAAAAAUUGGUUGCUUUCUUUAUUGUUGUUGUGCGUACAGUGUUUUUAUUUGACUUUUAAUCAGUACUUAAAUUAUGUCGUGAGACACUAAAAUCAUUGGGGAAUCACACAUAAAAUAUUAAUUUCUACGUCUACUGGCAUUGAAACAUCUCUGUGUCUGUUAAGUAUUGCUGUAUAGGUUUUAGUUUCUUGGUCCACUUUUUUUUUGUACAACUUUUAUUCAUUAUUUACAGUGCUUUACCUUUUUGAUGUACAGAAUGUCACUGGUUACACGUAAUAAUGAAGAUAAUUUAUUGCGUCUAUUGGUUUCCAUCUUUGUGUUACAUGACGUUAAGGUUUCGGCGCCACAAUAAAUUUGUCUACUGUAGAA